AAGCACAAAAUCCUUCUAAAACCCUCUCUGCCUUCCUCGCUCCACCGCCACCAUCCCCCACGGCCAUGUCCCUCAGCAGAAUAACUACCCGGUUCUCAAGAAUCGUUUUGACUCAGUCCCGAAACUCCAAGCUCAGCAAACAUUUCCAAACUUCAUCGAAUUACUUGAUUUCAUCACGCAGAGCUAAUGAUAUGGUGGUACCUGCUCAGAUUUCUUCACUACAUCAUUCUGCACUUAGUUCAACAGGCUUUCAAUGGUUUGGAUUCUCAUCGUCUGCAUCGCCAGAGCCCAAUGAGAAGGAGACAAUGGCUCAUUCUGGAAAUGGAAAGGAAAAUAAGGAGGCUAAUGAAGCUUCUAGUGCAACAGAAGAAUCUGUUUCUGAUGAGAAAAGUGAAUCAGAUUUGGAGAGCGAGCUUUCUAGAGAUGAGCUGGUGAAACUUGUGGUGGAAAAGGAACAACUUCUGGUGAAAAAGCAGGAAGAAUUUGAUCAAAUGAAGGAUAAGGUGCUAAGGUCCUUCGCGGAGAUGGAAAAUGUGAAAGCGCGUACAAAGCGUGAAUCAGAAAAUGCAAAGAAGUUUGCUAUUCAGAAUUUUGCUAAAAGCCUUUUGGAUGUGGCGGAUAAUCUAGGAAGAGCUUCUUCUGCUGCAAAAGAGAGUUUUUCAAAAAUUGAUACCUCUCAAGAUGCAGCUGGAGCUGUUAAUCAACUUAAAACACUGCUUGAAGGUGUUGAAAUGACUGAAAAGCAGUUAGCAGAGGUAUUUAAAAAAUUUGGACUCGAGAAAUAUGACCCAACAGGUGAGGAGUUUGAUCCAAACAGGCAUAAUGCAGUGUUCCAAGUACCAGAUGCUUCAAAGCCGGCAGGUCGUGUUGCAGUUGUUCUAAAGGCUGGGUACGAGCUGCACGACCGAGUUAUAAGGCCUGCUGAAGUUGGUGUCACAGUCGCGGUGGACAAUGGGGAAGUUGAAUAAGGAUCCGAUGCUUGAGAAACUCUCCAAAACAUUCAGUGCUACUGAAAUUUUGGUUGUGAAGAGAUAGGCGUAGAAGGAACUGAUUUUGGUUUGUUCUACUGCCUGUACAAAUAAACGCCCUCGUUUGAGUUCGUCUCAAUUCAGUGUUAAUUCUGCAAGUUUUAUAAGUUGAGGGAUGUGUUGGUAGAGAUGCUUUUGAUGUAAGAUUUUGUGCAUCUUUCGAGAUCAUUUAAUUUCUUUAAUUUCA